AUGUCGACACCAGUUUCCGAUAUCAAUCGCCCUAAGCGAGAGUUGAAGGUGCUGUCAUUGGGCAUGACACGUACUGGUUCAGCCUCGAUUACUCAAGCCCUUGAAAUGCUAGGAUACCAAGGCGUACACCAUGGAAUUCAGGCUCUCAGCUCGCCUCUCGAGUGGCAGCUUUUCAACAAGGCCUGCGACUCUUACUUUCCUACUCUCCCAACAUACACAGGAGCGCCCUUUACACGCGCCGACUGGGACAUUCUAUUUGGACCCUACGAAGCAGUCACUGAUAUGGGCUCCUUCUUUGCUAUGCAACUCAUCGAGGCAUACCCAGAAGCCAAGGUCAUCCUGGUAGAGCGCGAUAUUGAUUCAUGGUAUGACAGUAUGGAAGAGGCUAUCUUCAGCACCACAUGGGGAAUGCGUGCGGACCUUAUCGUCAAUAUGCUGGGACCGCUGUAUGGGCUGAAUGGCGGCAAGACGAUUCGCAAAAUCAUGUUGGGAUUUUACGGCGUACGAAACGUUCAUGAGAUGCGCCGAGUAGCCAAGGACCGGUACAAGCAACACUAUGCCGAGAUUCGGGCUGCAGUGCCGAAAGAGCGAUUGCUUGAGUUCCACUUGGAGGAUGGCUGGGAGCCACUAUGCGAGUUUCUGGACAAAGAGGUACCUAAGGUUCCAUUUCCUACGAAGAACAAGAGAGCGGAGCAUGUGGAGCGGGUGAGGCAAAAGCAGAAUAUGUUUUUCAAGCACGUUGCGAUAAGGUUUGCCAAGAAAGUGGUACCUCGUAGUGUGGUUGUUGGGGUCAUGGGUCUGCUAGUCUGGAAAAGCAGACCGCGUGCCCAAUGGGUGGCAACAUUGGAACUGUUCAUAGAGACACUAUCAAAACGAUGGUGA